AUAAAAUUCAAAAAUGUCUUAUCGUGACUUGAGGAAUUUUUGAGAAAUUAUGAGAUCCUUGGGGUAUUCAAGGCCCAUCUCUGUGGAGAACUUCAGACUACCCAAUUUCGAGCUAGUAGCAGAUAUAGCUCUCUGGUUCGCAGAGAGGUAUGACCCUAGCUGAGAUAUAUCAGAUAAUAUCAACGAAGAGAGGGACAGAGUAUUAUUCAUUAAGUCCAUCUGCCAACUGUUCUUGACAAAGGCAAGAAUAAAGCUCAAUCCUAAGAAGUUAUAUGAAGCUAAUGGGUAUGCAGUCAAGGAGUUACUCAAAGUCGCAACAAUGCUUAAUAAAGCAAUGAAUGCCAGUGCAGUCGAUGAAGAUGAUAUUGUCUCCUCAAACGACUUUAAUAUGGACUCUAAGUUGAGAAAUCUCAAACAGGCAAGGUCCUUGGCCAAUGAGAUCACUGAAACAGGUGCUAAAUUAUUUGAUUCUUUGGGUAAAGAGAAUGACUUGAGAGAGUCAAGAGAGAAAGCUCUGGAGUUCCUAGAUUCUAUUUCAAGAAAUCUUGGAUCAAACACCGAGCAAGAGUACAUUGAGAAGUGUAUCAGAGACUUGGUUGGUGGCCAAAGUCAACAAAUGAAUCAAAUGGAUGAGAUGAUAUCUAAUCUUAGACAAGACGAGAAAGAACUUGAGAACAAAAUCCAACGCCGAGCUGCUGAACUGGAUAGAACCGACAAACGUCUGAAAGGAAUCGAGCAAGUUAGGCCUGAAUUUAUGGACGAAUACGAAAAACUAGAGCAAGAGAUCGAGCGUUACUACAGCCAAUAUAUUGAAAAAUUCAAGAAUUUAGACUACCUCGAGAACCAACUUGAUGAAUACAACAAGAGGGAAAUUGAAAAGAAGAAGGAGAACCAGAAGGCUCUCAGGAAGAUCCAAGAGAAGUAUAAAGUGGAAGAGUACAAGACUUUCAACGAAGGAAAUGAAGAUGGUAACGUGAUGAAUGAGAUGGGUUCUACCAGAACCGGAUUCAAUAAAGGCAACGUCGUUGGCAAUCUAGUAGAUGAAGAUGAUGAUGACGAUGACGAAGAUGCUGAAGGAGAAGAAAUUUCUGAAGACGAAGAGGAUGGACCGAUUAAUAUAGAAUCUGAUGAAGAAGAUGAUGAGGAUAUAGAGGAAGACGGCUCUGAUGGUAACUUUUAA